UCAUCUAAUUUUUACCAUUUAUUAAAAAAAAAAAAAAAAAAAAAAAAAUGGAAUACACUAAAUAUGAAGAUGUAUCUGCCGCAGCAGACUCUGUUUCACUAGUUGGUAUAUUGUUCUUGCUAACAAUUCUCGACUUUAUAAUCACCCUUAAAGAUUUCUAUUCCGGUUUUUGCCAACUUUCCAAUUCCUUCUUGAAUGUGUUUUUCUACAUAAAGAGGGUUUCUGCUGAAAGCUGGGAGUCAUCAAAGAAACAUUUCAUUGACAGAUAUAUAAAAAAUCGUAAGAAUUUAAAUUAUUGUUCUGAGGAAUUAGGUAGAGGAGAGGUGGCAAUGGUGAUGAAGCAGAUAGGAACUUGCUAUGACCCAGAUGGUGAUAAGUUAAAGGAUAGGUUGGGCUCAAAUGACAUUACUACUCUUUUUGAAGAAGAGGAGCCAAGCUUUCAAGAAAUUAGAGAAGCUUUCUCUAUGUUUGAUGAAAAUAAUGAUGGGUUUAUUGAUUCAAAGGAGUUGAGGAAAGUUGUCUGUACAUUGUGUUCUGUGGAAGCUACAGAAGAAGAAUGUAGAAGGAUGAUUAGAGCUUAUGAUGAUAAUGGAGAUGGAGUUAUUGAUUUUACUGAAUUUGUAAAGCUUGUGGCUAAAAGCUUCGAUUAGAAAGCAAUAUAAUGGUUUUCUGGUUUUCCUUAUGAUAGUUUUGUCUAAGGAGCAAUCUAACAGUAUACGUUAAUGUUAAGAUUAAUUCAAAAUAAUAUUAUUAAAAAUAUUUUGAGAUUUCAA